AUGACAACUUCCACUCAUUAUGAUGCUAUUGUUAUUGGGGCCGGUGUCAUCGGUCCAACCAUCGCUACUGCCUUAGCCAGACAAGGUCGUAAAGUAUUGAUUUUGGAAAGAGAUUGGUCCAAGCCAGAUAGAAUUGUUGGUGAAUUGAUGCAACCAGCAGGUAUUAAAGCCUUGAGAGAAUUAGGUAUGGUUAAAUCCAUUAAUAAUAUCAGAGCUGUUAAUUGUACUGGUUAUUAUAUUAAAUAUCACAAUGAAACUGUUACUAUCCCAUACCCAUUGAAAAAAGAUGCCAACAUCACUAAUCCUAUGAAACCAGUUCCUGAUGUUGUUGAUGGAGAAAAUGAUAAAGUUGAUAGUGAUUCUACCCUUGAUAUCGAUGCUUGGGAUAAAGAUGAAAGAGUUCGUGGUGUUGCUUUCCACCAUGGUGAUUUCCUUAUGAAUUUGAGACAAAUUUGUCGUGAUGAACCAAAUGUUACUGCUGUUGAAGCAACCGUUACUAAAGUCUUGCGUGAUCCAUUUGAUCCAAAUAUUGUUAUUGGUGUUCAAGCUAAAGAAAAAGACGAAGUUGUUGAAUACCAUGCCAAAUUAGUCAUCAGUUGUGAUGGUAUCUAUUCCAAAUUCAGAAAAGAAUUGAGUCAAGAUAAUGUUCCUACUAUUGGUUCUUAUUUCAUUGGGUUAUAUUUAAAAGAUGCAGUUUUACCAAUGGAAGGAAAAGGUCAUGUCUUAUUGGGAGACCAUUCCCCAGUUUUGAUUUAUCCUGUUUCUCCAAAUGAAACUCGUGUCUUGUGUGCUUUUGCUUCCACAAAACCACCAUCAUCUGCUAAUGAUGAAGUUUACACAUAUUUAAGAGACCAAGUCUUGCCAAUUGUUCCAAAGGAAACACUUCCAGCAUUCAAAGUUGCAUUAGAAGAAAGAAAAUUCAGAAUCAUGCCAAAUCAAUACCUUUCUGCCAUGAAACAAGGCAGUGAAAACCAUCUUGGGUUUAUCUUAUUGGGUGACUCUUUGAACAUGAGACAUCCUUUGACUGGUGGUGGUAUGACUGUUGGUUUGAAUGAUAGUGUAUUGUUGGCCAAAUUAUUACAUCCUAAAUAUGUUCCGGAUUUGGGUGAUCACCAAUUAAUUGCUCAAAGAAUGAAGGUUUUCCAUAGAAAGAGAAAGAAUUUGGAUGCUGUUAUUAAUACUUUAUCCAUUGCAUUAUAUUCAUUAUUUGCUGCUGAUAAAAAAUCAUUAAAGAUUUUACAAAAUGGUUGUUUCAGAUAUUUUGAAAGAGGUGGUGAAUGUGUUAAUGGACCAAUUGGGUUAUUAUGUGGUAUGUUACCAUUCCCAAUGUUGUUGUUUAACCAUUUCUUUAGUGUUGCAUUUUAUGCAAUUUAUAUUAAUUUUGUGAACAGAGGAUUGGCUGGAUUUCCAAUUGCAUUAGUUGAAGCUUUUGAUGCAUUAUUUACUGCCGUUAUCGUAUUUACCCCAUACUUGUGGAAAGAAAUAGUGCAAUAG